UCAAGAUGGCGGCUAUCAUAUCAAUUUACAGUAGUUACGAUCGACAUUGAGACGGCGUUGAAAACUGAAAAAGUGCGCCGGACUUUUCACUGGAAGUUAAGUUUGGGUCAACAACUUCUUGAGAAAAACAUUUGAUACUUCGAUUGAUUAACAAGGGAGAAUACGAGAGACUAGAUUGGUAAGCAAAGGGUUCAGAACGGAUUGAGAACCAGCUGUGAUAGUGAUCAAAGUCUUUCGAAAUGAAUUAAAGAAAAAUUGAAGAAGAUGUCUAACCUCCAUCUUGGAUAUUGUACUCAAAGUGUGCCCUUAAAGAGUUCGCUUUAAACUUCAGUCGGUAUGGCCGAUAUCGGCCAAGCUUUUGUCAUUGUUUUGAUUGUUGUGGUCGCCAUUGUAAUUGGAUUUUGUUGUCAUUUUGCUUCGCUAAAGCGAAGAGACCAAGAACGUGCUGCCAAUCUUAGAGCAUCGCAGCAAGCGGCUGGACCUACUGCAAACCACAACGAAAGCACAGGUCCUGUAUACUUAUUUGGAUUGCAAGGUGCUACUGGAACUUCGAAUUCAACUGGUGCUGCUGGCGGAGAGUCGCAUUCAGCUGAAGAUCGAGCCGAAGUGAGUGUGCCUACGAGCCCUGAUGCUAUUGCAGACUGCGGUCCCCCGUCUUACAGAUGUUUAGCAGCUUCAGAUGAGUUGCCUCCACCAAGCUAUGAAGAAGCCAUGAGAGCUUCUACCGAGGAUAUAGCCGGGACAUGACUGAAAGUCUCGUAUCAACAUAAAUGGGCAACUUGUUCACAAUUUUGGGAAAUAUUUAGCUAAGGAAGUCGAAGGUUAUCGCUUCUCGUGUCACACCUUUACCAAUUUACAAUGUCGUAAAGUUUUUAUAAAGCGGGAUAUUUAUGCCAAUAUUUUCUUAUUUUACAGGUUCGGGAGUAUAUUCUUCGAACAGAGAAAAUCAUUUAACAAAGAGAGCAUAUUAUAGCAAUUAUAAUAUUAUGUUUAUUUAGAUUGUAUGUGUAUGGUAGUGUAAGAUUUAAGUCAAGAUUUGUUUUGACUUCGAUUUCCGGUCGAUUGAGGCGUGAUGGAAGUUUGGCGACCACGUUAUGAAGUUUGUUGUCACGGUUAACUGACUCUGUUUCCAUUGAAUCAUUCCUCUGGCGGGUUUUCAUGUUUGACGGUUGGUGACUCACGGCUCUUAAGAUUCGGUUAACAUAGGAAACGAGCAAGGUUACCCGAGUAAUACCGCUAUUUUACUCUCAAAAGUCUGUCACCGACUUUUUCCGCGCCGCACGUAACUGAUGAUCGUAGCAACAACUUUCCUCAAAGUAAAUUUUCAUUACGGCUGAAGUCGCAAAGCUGUACGCGGUAUGGACAAGACAUUACGCAACUCACUUCGGUUACGCAAUCUGUCGCAUCGCAGCUAUCGGGAAGUGGUUUGAAAUGGUGUAACUGUGGAGCAUCUCAGUCACGAGAUUUUUGAACAAAAACAAGCAAGAAGAGAGAAAUUAAAGUUUUCCUCAACGCAAGGUUUUAAGAAGAAAAUAUCAGUCAUUCAAUCAAUCAGUCAAGGAAUCGAUCAAUUAAUCAACCUGUCAAGUUACGAUCGUUUUUCCGCUGACAGGCAUUCUCUGCUGCAAGAACCU